AUGGUCUCAUGCCUUUUUUUGUGUCAACGUCACAGUGCAAGCAACCUACACCCCUUUGAGAUUGAGGACCGUUUGCGUCGAUCACUUCAUUCUCUGGUCUAUUGCUUCUCAUUCUCCUUCGGUCACCAAGGUCGUUUUCUUCUUAUUGUUAUCGAAUUUGUUAUCAAUGAAAGAAAAGACUUAGCUGAUCUUCUGCCUAACAAACAAAAGUUUGCAGCAGAAAUAAUUCCCCUUUUUUCUCGAAAAUAUUGGAAAAGUUAUAACGGAAUUUUCUCUUUUUCAACUGUUUUCAAAAAAUCUAUGCUUCAUCAAGCCGUCUUAUCAAGAGAAAUGGCUUUUAUCCAUCAACCCUCUUUCACGAAAUCCUGACACUGUGCGUAUGAGAGUUUGAUAUCCUUCAAUGGAUUCGAAAUCUGAAGGUCGUAAUUUUUAAAGAUGGUCAGAUCUUGUGAUAUAAUACUGCAAAGCAGAAUUUAGAAUGAAUUUUUAGUUUUGUUCACCGCUUCCUUAUCGCAGACCGGUCAACUUUUCUAGAGAAGGGAGACAUUCAAUGAUUUUUUGAACUGGCAGCGGACGGGUGCUUCCGGAGCCGCCAAGACAAAAGACCCGUGGGCAACAAUUGUUUCCAAACCGUCGCUGUUUUUCCAUCGUUCUCCAUUGCGUUCGCCACACCACAAGAAGCCGUUUUCAAUGCUUCAUUGUUCUUCGCAUUGGUUUAGAAGCAUUCGUCAAAUUUGUUGUGUCCGUCUUUGGCUUCUCUUACAAACUUGCGGUGUUCAGAGGUCCGGCCCGAUCACGUUGCUUUCUCUUUUUUUUUCCAAUUGCUGUUAUUCAUUGCAGGCGAUUGCGGGUAAUUGGACUUUUCUUUGCUUCGAUUUUGAUUGUACUGUUCCUUUGUGUACUGGAAAUUCAAGUGUACUAUUUGAAGUUUGAGUUUUUCUUUCUCAAUACUAUGGACCCAAAUCGGGUGGUAGUCAUCAAAGGGUUUUUUGCUAAUUCAAGAAUUCUUUUUUUUUAUUCCUGAAAUCCAAAUCAAAAGCGCUUAUCAUUCCAAAACAUAUAUUAACUUUUAUUUUAGUUUUUAAAAAGUCAAAAGUAAAACCACGCUAACGUAUUUUUUUUUUCUCCUUAGUUAACUCUUAUUUCACAUUAUUUUUAAUUGAACUCUCCACUGAGUUAUUUUCAUCUCAAACACCAACUAAUUUCGAAAAGCGUUUCUGCCAAAGAAAAGCGAAUAAUAGGUAUAGGAACUGGUGAAGCGAUUAUGUCGUUUAUGGGUUGGAAAGUGAAAUCGCGCUCAAUUACCAAUUUGUUGGAAGUCGAUUCGACUGCGAACGCCAUUUGGCUGCUUUUGACUGUCAAAUACUUCGUUAUCUAUGAUCUAUUUCAAUGAGUCAGCCUUUCGUGUUCAGGUUAAAUAAUUUAAUGUUCCAUGGUUUUUUAGUAGAAACUCCCUAUCCCAUUAGCUUCAACAUCAACUAGACGAAUGCAACCUGUUCGAUAAUUUGCGGUCAGUGAUCGCUAGACGGAAGUAUACAUACCCAAUUUUUCAACUCAUCAAAGGUCCUAGCGUCUGAGUUUAGUUUGGUUGCAACCGGUUGGGUUGAAGCUACAAAAUGGUACCUUUGUGUAAGUUCCCACCGCUCAAUCAUUCCAUAGUUACUCUGUUGAGGUGAAAAGUGUGACGGAAAAGAAAUCCGCAACAAUUUCGCUGAACUUUGCGUUCCAGCCAUGGCGAACGACCAAAUAUGGUCAUGGAUGAGAGAACCCGUCGAAAUGUUGCCAUUUUCUCUUUCGCCAUUGACUGAACUACUGUCGAGGAAAAAUAAUGGAAAAUCCUUCAAAUACCAGGAAAAUCUUUUUAUCUUCAGUUUGGAAAUCGAAUGAUGAUCAAAAAAAGCUUUUCCAUUCAGAUAGAGAAAAAAAUGUAUACGAAUAGGAGCUUAAAACUAUUUCUAUUGCUUCGAUUUCACAUUUGAAAACUUGAAAGUAGUUUUUUACCAAUUCUGUCAGCAAAAAGUCAAGAUCAUUUCAUUUACUUUUCUUCAUUUUUUAUUUCCGUUUUUUGGCUUAAGAGAUAUAAUGAUAACGACUUUAUGGUCGUUAUUGGGAUAAAUAUUUUCCCUCAUAUUUUUUUUGAUUUGGCGCCUUUUCUCGUGUCUACUUGAUGACCAAAAAAGACCCUGAACGAUCGUUUCGCUCGUGAAAAAUCCCUACACACUCGAGAAACUCAAGCACCAACAAAAUGAAUCGAAAAAAACCAAGUGGAAUUGUUUGAUUUUCACGGGUCGUUUUCUUUCCAAAUUGUCGGUUGUUCAUCCGUCUCGGGACUUUUCAAUUGCCUGUGGUUUUCUCUUUUUUUUUCGCAAAGUUUUCCGGAUGUCCCUCCGUCCAAUUUUUGCAUUUAACUUCUUUCUCUUCUUCAUGAACUUCUGAUCCCGUUUUUUGAAAUUCCCCAUUUGAAAAUACUUUAAUCUACCUACUGGAGUGGGGACAUUUUUGAAAAAAUAAAAACGCGGCUUAUCCUUUUUUUAAAUGAGAUUCGCAGAUUUUGUAUGAAUUUUUGAAAUCAUCCUUUUCCUCCUUUUUCGCAGUUUUUCAAUCGUACUGAAGGUAGAAAAAGUUGGUGGAAAAAGUUUCCAUCCAAUUAAUUUUCUUUCAACCUGGAAAAGAAAAAGCAUGAACAGUUUUUAACGCGACGUUUUUCUUCGAACUUCAAAACCUUUCAAAGAAAUAGGAAUAUUCAAUUUUUUUAAAUAUCAUCUAUAGAAAUUAGGAGACUAAAUAGACGCCAAGAGGCUGUGUCGAAAUGAUCGCUAUUGCGCAGAGAAUGGCACCGGGCUUGGGCAUUUCAAGGACGAAACACUUGAGUUAAAAGAAUAUCUGACCGACGGCCGUGCGCCGGAAAACAAAACAGAUCUGAGAAACUCAACACGAACUAAGAGGCGCAGAGCCUGAAGGUGAGAGGUUUUGGGCCAUUUGCCGCCUAGUGCAAAUAUUAUGUGCACUUGCGGCGAUUAUCGUCAGACGGAGCAUUUGCGCCACCUAUUCUUAUCCCCUUGUACCUCGGAGCCGUGCCGGAGACUUCAGUUUCCGAAAAUACGAGUGGACAGCAAGAAAACAAUGUCUCCAGUAGGAUCCUUAUCUGAAUUGCGAUCAAAACUUGCGAUGCGCCUUUUUUCAGCCGUCUUCAAGUGAACGUUUUCCAACGCUUUUCGACCCAUUUACUUUCUAAACCCAGUUCGACUGUCUCACUUCUGAUUUCUCAGUGUCAUCUUUUUGGUUUUUUUUUCUAUUUCAGUGCCAGUCUGUGUUGAUUAAAACAGUUUUUGGCCUUUUCACAAGUUAAAGAGUUUACCUUGAAAGGGAAAAAAACGGAAGGGAGAAAUCAUUGAAAUGCGGUGAAGUGUGAGAAAUUGCGUUCCCUUUUCAAAACUUUUUUUUUGCUGGAUCCCGUCAACGAUUCGUGGACAUCACUCCUGUGCCACAUUUCUUUCUUGAAGUCGGAAUUCCUUCUCCAUUUCGCUUAUAUUCACAUUUUUUGCGUUUUCUCAAUCAAAAAGAAGUUUUCAGGCUUGCUCAAAGGUGGCUCUCAUUCGAGAAGACCUGUCAUUGGUUCCAGGUAACUUUCUCCCUAAAUAUAUGGAUUAGAAAAAAAAAAUAUUGAAGAUUACUUUCUUGGUUUCUCUCUUUUUUAACGUAGUGAGAAAGGAUAUUUACUGAACUUCCCAGCAAUGAAUCUCCUUCCCAUAUGGUAGCUAACCGUCGCCAUGAGAAAAAAAAAGAAAUAGAGCGCCAGAUGGCUUAUCGGCCUCAAUGCCAUUUCUUCAUUCCGGCUGUUUUUCGGCGCAAAUUUCCUUCUGCGUUUUUUUUUCCCGAUUUAGGCCUACUCAAAAGCUAAUUUAUAUAGUCUCAAAAAAAUUUCUCAAUUCUUGUAACCUAAAAACGGAAUUUGAAGUGUAAUAGGUUUAUUUUGAAAGCCUGUCUCUUGGUUCCACAGUUUUUAUUUUCAUGUUUCGAAAACCAUUUUUUUAAAGGAAUUUUCGUGGAACAAAAUAGCGUGACCGAUUAUUUUCUCCGAAAAAGCGUCAUUUUGUUUUUUUGAAAUGGGUGUUAGGAGAACUUUCAUUUUUUUUCUCGAGCAAGAAAAUCAAAAAAAAAAGUUGUUUACCAGUCGCUUUCGUUUAAGGAUAACUUGAAGACCUAUUUUCUGAAGUUUCUUCCAAAAACUACCCUCACUGGAUUAAAUUGUCCAGUUUCUGCGUUGUCCGCUUUUUUAUUUUCAUUUUUCCUGAAAAGUGAACCUGGACUUGUUUCUAUGACGUAGUGUUAAAGACUGGACACUUCAGCGAGAAAAGUUAUAGUCUUGUUAUGGAAGUUUCUUUGUAUUGAUUUCAUUUUAUUUCUUGACUGAUUGAUGGGAUUUAUACGGUAAACAAAAUUCAUCUAAUUUUAUUGUUUCUUUGUUGAAGUCUCUUUGUAAAGCUAUGGUGAAAUAAAUUAAGAUACUGAAUUGUUGAUUUAUUUCUUUUUAUUAUUUUAUUUUGUUGGCUGCAUUCACUCAGAAAGCUUCUUAGAAGGAGGCAAGUGGAAGGAAAUAAUUCUCAAACUGGGAGAUUUUUUGGUCGUUUUCAUCAAAGUUACUGUUUUCCUAACAGUUGUUAGAAGAAAUAAACAGUUCAUCGAAAAAUGGGAAAAAUUUGAUCUGCUAUAGGUAAUACUUUGAUGAAGUAUCGGUUCUAUGAACUCUAUGAAUUCUAUGAACUGGAGAACUUUUCUCCUUUCCUUGUACUGUGUGCCGUAGAAGAAAAAAAGGUCUUCGAACUUUUCCUUGUCUCAUAACUUUUUUAGUUUGUCAAAUUGAAAACUGGUUAAUGUCCUGAAUGUCUUUUCGAUUAAAAGCAAGUGGCUGAGAUGGAAUGCACGGAACACCGUGUGAUACAGGUAAACGUCCAGGAACCACGGAUACGUCGCUAGUUCAAAAAGCAAAGUUUAACGUGAUACUAUUUUUGGGCGACGAGAUUUGCAAGGAAUUAGAUAGAAAGCUGGAAAAAAUAUGAAAAAGAAGAGCCAGGAUUUUCGUGGUUCAAUUUGUUAGCUGUAAGCCAUUCGAUUUUUAUGUCCCUAAGGCCUCUAAUAAUGUAAAUAGCGCUAAAUCUGUAGAAUUUAUUUUUAAAAGUUUUUUCUCGGAUUUUCGAUAAACUUUCUCUUGAAUAUAUAAACUUCGCACCUUGGAGAUGCAAAGUAAACCUUGAAGCGUUUAUUGAGGUUUGAUGGCGACUGAUUUGCCGAACAUCACACUAGCAAACUGGUAGUUGAGGGUUUUUAUGUCCCUAAGGCCUCUAAUCGCUUUUCUGUGGUUAGAUGUAAUGUAAAUUGAUCUCCAAAAAGUCUUCAAAAAAAAAAAAGAGAACUUUUAUAUACGUUUUCAGUUUCAGAAAUUUGCAUUUCAUAGGUAAAACGGAAAUUUUCCUUUGAGCACCCUCAGAAGGAGCUGAAACGGUUCCACUAAAAGCUCCAAAAAUGAUAAGAAAAUUACGUUGAACCCUUAUUAUAACCUCGGAGGAACCUUUUUGGAUCUUUUCGAACCUUUUUAGUUGCUUUCCAGCAUAUUUUCGUUGAGGGAUGCGAAAAAGGUGCAAACAUGAAAUAGAAAAGAUCUGCUGGGACCCUUAAAAGAUCUUUUUUAAGAAUAUUUUUUGAAAAUUGUUUUUUAAAAUAAAUUCAUUGGACCUAGGUUUAAUUGCUAAAUACAUCUUUUCAAUAUUUUUUUGAUUGAAUGAAAGAUGUUAUCUGUCUGUGAUUCGCCCUUUUUUAAGCCGUUAAUUUUCAUAAUUGGAAACGGCUUCGCGUUACUUUGUAGAAUUUUCGUCCUCAUUCAAUUUCAUUUAUGUUUUUGCUCAUUCUUUAAAAAAAAACAGAGUUUCCAGAUAAUUCAAAAAAAAAAACGUGAGAUUAUGCGAUUUUAAAGUGUUUUGACAAAAUGUCUGUCUCGUUUGCCAAUCUCCAGCCUUAUCGCUGAUUUGUACACAAAGCGACUGUCGUCCGUUCGCCUUGAUACUUUUUACGGUCGUUUUUCGUCCCUUCCCUCAUGCUUUUAAAGAUUCACUGCUUCUUCGAUCUUGAUAGUUCACAUUCGUAUAGUUUUUAAAUGAUCCCCGAAGCGCAAAAAGGUAUGAAGUCACAGUAAUAGCUACUUGUGCUCGACGUUGAUCCAACGACUCUUUUGUUUUUCUUUUGUUUUUCUUAAUGUUGUAUCCAACUUUCUUCUACAAUUUUUUGCUAAGACAGUUUCGAAUUCGUUGAUGACCUUCACCGGCCAAGAAGUAGUCAAUCGUCGUCGCCUUGGGUUUUUUCGUCGCUUUUUGCCUUCGACGCCCACAACUUCGCAACCUUCAUUCAGUUCUUUCCUAUAAUUGGCGGGGUCCUGUUCUUGCGUUCUUUUGUUGUCGUUCUGUCCCACAAUAACUAUUAAGUUCAAUAUACUUUUCAUUCUUUGAAUGAUCUGCGCUGUGAAGUUGAAAAAGGUUAUUUUUCAACGCGUGGGUUCGUAGAAAUAAGCAUCUUUUUGCUCCAGUACUCAAUGGUCUCUGAGAUGAUCCUAUACGACCUCCGCCGCGCGGAUCUUCCAAACACGCAUGAAAAACAAGACAGAACUGAUUAGUUAACCAUCCAACGACGAUAUGGAUAUGAUGGGUUUUCUGGGUCAAACCAAUAGGACGUUCGCUACCCGAUAUCCAUUAGUUCCCAAAUCACUAAUUUUUUUUCACACUGUUUGCUUUUGAGAACUAGGUUGUGACGACAGGAGACGAGAAACGGAAUCAAGGUUGCCAGGUUUUUUCUCAUUCGAAUUGAAACCCACCAUUUCUUUAUUUUUUCGUUAGUUGUUGAGAGUUUCGUAAAAAGGGUGCUAAAAAGUUUAUUGUUAAAAAAUUUUUUCGAUGGGGCGGAAUUGAGUGUUUUGAAUCCUAAUAUCAAUUCUGAUUUCUCCGUAUUUUUUUUUUUACAAUUUUCCAUGACUUCGAAGAGGGAAAGACAGAAAAGCUUCCUCGCGACUGGCCAUCGAAUCGAUUCGAACCCACAGACGAUUACGAUGAGAAGCCGAUGAUUGAUAGGAGAGUGUGGGAUCCGUGAAGACAUCUGAUGACGCUCACCCGACGCGCGACGUUCGAAACCGCCAUGGAACGCCCUGCUUUCAUCAUAUCCUUUCAUAUCGAUUCUCAACUGAUCUCGUCCCAUUUCAUUUUUCUUCCUCAAGAAAAGCUCCUAUGUUUCUGUUCUUGGUUCUUUCGUCUUACAGUGCGAAACUCAUUAAGUAUCAAGAUUCUUUCUCUUCGAAAACUGAUGAAAAUUCUUACAGCGUUUUCUGCUUGUUCGAUACGGUCUUAGUUUAGAAGUUUUUUCUGGAGUUCCUCACUAGAGUCUUUAAUUAUAAUUCAAAUGCAAACGUUCGAUCGGUUUUGGAGGUAUUUCUCUGUCUCCUCAUCCUUCUCUUUUGAUGUUACUUUGCGAGUCAAAGUUGCAACCAUGCGAUUGCGACCUUUUUUGAAGGAGUUUCUCUUCUCGGAAUUUUCCUAGAUACCGAUUUCGUUGAAAUUUCCAAGAAUAACGGUAACGCAUUUCAAAAGACGGCCUGGAUCAUGCGGUGAUAAGAGGAAAAAAAGCUCGAGAAACCGCCCUGGUCGACCGUUGGGUUUUGAUCAAUCGACGACGCCCUUCCUCUUCGAACUGCAAAGUGUGGAUGGACUGGUCAUAAACCUUUUCGGAACGGCGUCUGAAGGUCUGCCGCAAACUUCUUCCGAGAAUAAAUGGAAGUUAGACGCCUAGUUUUAUUUUUAACUUUGUUGUAAUCCUCGAUUGAAUCACAUUAUUUGUCUUCCUAACUUCCGUUUUUUUUUUUUGGAAACUCUCCACGUCGGCAAAAAGCUGGCGCCUGAGCAAAUAUUUCCGUUUUAGGAAGGAUAGGCGUCUCCAACUUGUUGUAUUGUGCCAUUCCAUUCGACCAUUUCCACGCACGAUUUUUUGAGCUCCUUAGAAAACGGGUCGACGCACGAAAAACGUGUGCUCCUGCAUGUAGAUGAGGUUUAUCCGCAGAGCAAGUUUUUCAUUUACUUUUUUAGGCUCUCCGCCAUUUCUGUCGGCGGAAAACCAAACUAAUCAAUUGCGAUAAAUUUAGUUAAUGUUGAAGUAAAUGUUGUAAGAAAGCUUAAAAUUCAUUAUGACGUCAGUGAAAACUUUUCAUAUGAGCAGCUUCAAUUGUUUUCAGGUUGAAAAAAACUUGCGAAUCUUUAAUUAUAUUCUAACUUUGAAAUAAAUAAUUUUUUUUCGCUUUUGGUCCUUAUCAUUCGAGUAAGAAUCCCUUCGACUUUUUGAAUUUUUAUCUUUUUAUUUCGUUUUAGUUCAGAGUCUAAUCUCAGAAUUUUUCUCCAGCCUUUCCUACAGUUUUUGAUAAAUAUUUACAGUCAAACAUGGGAAUUUCGAAGCACCUAUUUUGCUCUUUGACAAUAAAUGUUCCUUUGGUGAUUGCACGGCGAACCGUCAUCUUCAAACAAAUACACAAACUUUUCAUGGAUCCUAUCCUCUUUUUCAAACAAAAAAAUAAUAUUUUCCCCAACUGUCCAAGAAUCGAACCAAACGUAAAAUAAUAAACAAAAACUUUCUGAAAAUGAAAAUUAGCUCUGAAAUACAAGUGACGUUGCUUUUUUUGUUUUUCAUGUGAUAGUAUCUAAAUUUCUUCCCUCGUGUUAAUUAUGACGUAGUUUUGGAUGAAAGAUUAAUUUCUGGAUGACUCACUUGAUUGAUUUGAUUCAACAUGUCUGUCUAGAUGGUGAGAACCCCUGAUUGAUUUUUUGAAGGGUUUCCCUCUGGACUGGAUCAAUUUCUUUAAAAUUUAAUCGGAUUUUUGGUCGCCUUCUUUUUACAAUGUGAGGUAUCAAAAAACCGAAAAAUUUUCAUAUGUCACAUAUAUCAAUUUAGCGUCAGUUUCCAGCUUCAAAAAAAAAGAAUUAGCUCUACAUUAUAUUUUGUUUUUUAAAAUUGUUUUUUGAUGUUUAAAAAUAAGGCUAGGUGUAUUUAUUCCAUAGAUAUUCCCAGAUAAUCCAUAUUCAAAAGGCUUUUCGUUGGCUCUGAUUCCUUAUUUUUUGAUAAUGGAAUUUUUCUGGAGAAUUUUCCUCUUUGGGCAAUGUUUUGGACUAUGUCAAGCAUCCCGAUAUCGUUGACAAUAUGAUAAUCGAACUAUGGAGAAAAAAAAACACGGACGGUCACGCAUUGGUGGCCAGGCAGCUAAUCGAACUCGUUUUUUCUCUUUUUUCCUCUUCACAACUUUUUUUCUCCUGCGAAAAAUAGGAAUUCAACUUGUUUUCAUAUCUAGAAUGUUUUCAACUUUUUUUGAACUGUGUAAUUGCGGCAUGAUUACCGGAUGAGACGUUUCUUGUCCCGCGAAAUACACGUUUGCGGUCAUAUGGGAAUUAGUUUCCUUCUAAAGUAAUGUUUUUAAAGACUUUUUGUUGCAGACUGAUCGUGUGAGAUUUUUGAUUCUUCAAAAGUUUUCAAUGAAAUCCGUUUUUUUCUUUCGUGUUGAACAACCAGCCACACCUUAUGACCUGGUUCAUGUAGAGAAAAAAAAAAAUUAUUUUCUGGUUAUAUUUACUAAAUUAGCUUUUAAAACUUUCAAAUUUUAAGCUAAGCCUACACCGCUGAUUUGAGCAUGACGUCAUCCGUUUCUCUGUUUUUACUUCGGCUUCUAAAACUUCGACGUCAACAUAAAAAAACAUUUGUAGCCAAUUCACUCUCUGCGGCAGGAACAAAAAAAACUUGAAAUUUUGCAAUCUACUUCGACAAUCUUGGUGUUUAUGCCCAGAUUCUAAUACAAAAAUUGCGACUCGUGCACUUGUCCCAUGCAAAGUUUACCGAACUUUUGAAGCGCCGCCCAUUUUUGGGCAGCGUCUACAGUUCUCGUCGUGAUGAGCCCUGCCUCCUCGAAUUCCAGAUGUCGGCAAUAUAAAUGUAUCUUUGGAGGUCGCCUUGGAACAUUCUAUUCUUUUCAAACUGACAAUCGAAAAUUUUUUCUAAUUGAGAUACUCGACAUCCGAACUUUAAGCUGCUGAUUAGGGAAAUGUUAAAAAGAUCUGAUUUUUUUUUUGUAUGACAAACCUUAGCUUGACUUUUUUUUCUCAGUUUCGAUCAUUCAUAGAAAUUAUCACUUCGAAGCAGUACCUAAGAAUGGAAAUUUUCAAAAUGAAUAUAUCUACUAGGAAGAACGGUUAACCAUUUCAUUUUUUUUCGAAGAGGAUGUAUACCUGUUUUCAGUCACGGACACAUCAAGUUCACAAUUAUUUUUAAUAAGAAAUCGUUAGCGAUAAUCGCAUCAACUUUCAAGAAAUCUUGUUGCGACAUUUAUCACUUUCGACCAUCCGCUCGGCCUAAUCCAUUUGUCCCUUCCGUUUUAAUCCGCUCGUUUUCUCAUGUGCAACGGUUUGCCCGUAGAAUUGCAUGGAAUUAAGGUCGGAAUAACCGGCGAACAACGCGCGUUUUUCCAUCCGCUUUCACCUCCAUAAUUGUUCGACUUCAUCUGUUGUUUUUUCAAUGAUUCCAUGAGGUCUUUUGAAACAUCAUCAUAGGUUUCAACUGUCUUUCUUUUUCUGCUACUUCUAGCUUUUGUUUCUUAUCAAUCUACAAAAGAGUUUUUUUUUAGGAUACUGUGAGGUAAGUAUAGUUUUCGGGAAAAAAAAUUUUUGGAAUUUUGUUCGAGGAAUCAGGCGAAAAAAAUCAAGUCGAGAUGUUUUUUUGUAAUGCGUGACAGAUCUACAUUAAAAAUAUUCAUUUUCGUUCUUUUCGCUUCGUUUUUCAAUGAAUAUUUGAAAACGCUGUCUGAAAAGAGUAGCUGGUUGUUUAUUCUUAUUUUUCUUCUCACAGAGAAGAAUUUAGUGCUGAUUAUGAGCAAUUAGCCGACAAACUACCCAAAUGAGACAAAAGCGACACCGCCGUUGACAACCGACGGUCCGUGUUGACAUUUGUAUUUUUCUACCGGCAAAAAGCCUUGAAAGCUAACAUUUGGGCGGGCAACAGUCCAACCGGUCUCGUUAACUAGUCUCACUUCGCCAAUCUUCUAUUACAUCCUUACAGUUAUUUUAAUUUUGUUUUUAUCUCAUUGCUUUCUUCUUUAGCUGUUGAAAGGAUUUUGUUUGAUUUCAACACUUACUGAUGGGUUUUUUGUAGACAUGCGAACUCCGCAGCAGCAGACGGACGCGGAAGUCCCUACGGCGAUGGAACUUCUUGAGGCGAGCAAGCCGCUCUACGUCAAAACCGACGUUCUGAAGCAAGUCCGCGUUGGUGAGUCCAUCAAAUUUUCAGCCUUGAUUGAAAUUGUAGACGAAGGAGUAUCUAGAAGCUCGUUAAUUUUAGUUCUGAAAAUUUUAUCGACGGCAAGUCGCAACCGAAAAACACCAGAAAGUUGAGCUCAUAAAUUUUUGAAUCUUCGAAAGUUGGUAACCUUUUUUUUUCGGGAUUAUUUUUUUGCAGUCGUGCGAUAAUUUUUUGCAAUUGAUCAGGUUAUUACGAUAAGUAUUUGAUGUAUUAAGCUAUAAUGCCUUUUCACGUGUGAGUAGAAGAUUUGCGCUGUUUAAGAGUCAGGAAAAGUGACUAUGACUUGGCCAACAACUUCCAAAAUAUUUGAAAUCGAAAACGUGUUUGAGUAGUAUUACUCAUAAUUCUGAAUGUUUGAGCCGUUGGAGUUGAAAGUUGUAAUGAGGGAGCGUCCUUCUGAGGAAUUUAGUGUUCGAAAUGACCACUCUCCUCCAAAAAUAAAGCACGAACUCGUUUUUGUUUACCUCUUGACGAUAUAAAACAGUUUGCUGCGUUGAAACUUCCCAUUUAAAUGAGUUUCAAAACACUCUUGCCCAUAUUGAGUCUUUCAAAAAGUGUUUGUUAGUCUGGAAAGUUGUUUUGAAAAUCAGCCGACGACUUCUCUUUCCUUUUUUCUCUGCCUCUCGUCGUCUAGCCAUUCUUUAUAAAUUGGCACACCUGUUUUCGAUUGACAAUUCUUUACACUGUCUAAUUCGAAUUCAGAAUCUCAUGACUUUUUUCGUCACACAAGUGAAACUUUUCAGAACCCGGCAAACCAAGAAUCUUUGAAACGACCAGCCAAACCGGCGAAUUUAAUAGGCCAACCCGACUGGUGAGGAUAUUUCCCAUAUUGAAGCUGUAUCGUUUUUCCUUUUCUGAAUUAUCAUCACGACCAUUUCAGUCCCUGCCUUCUGUAUCCUCGACCAAGUCGCAGGUCCAAAUUCCCUCCUCGUUCUCAGCGUUUCGUCAGGUGCACGAACCGCCGCCGCUUCCGCCCAAAAGCGACCAAAUCAGACAAAGAGUACUCAGGUAUCGGGAUAGGAUUAAAUUGAAAAUAUAUAAUCUCCGUUUCCUAGGAUGCGAGUAUCACCGAAAGGAUCUCCUCCGCCGUUGCCACCACGGAAAAGCUCCGAUCAGAGCACAACAGAUGAAGAGCAAGUGGUGCCGCCUGUUCCCAAGCCGAGGCUUAGUAAAAUGGUACGCGUUUAACGGGAUUUAAAACAAGGAAAAACUUGAACCAAUUUAUUUCAAACCAAGUUAAUUUUCAAGAAACUUAUUUUUUGGUCAUUUUCCCAUUCUUGUGUUGUAACAUUUAAGUUAAGCGUUUUAAAUUUCGUUUGCUUUUGACGCCUUUCCGAAUAAUUUUAAAUUAUUGAUGACCAAACUGGGAAAAAUGUUUUGGUUCUAUUUCUGCAGCGUCAUAAACUUUUGUCUGUGUUAAAUGGGAAGGCUUGCCGGAUGUUUAAAAGUCUGAAAAAAAUUUCCAAUUGUUUCAAAAUAAUUUUUAGAAAUCGACGGGAUCCAAUGAAGAGAACCUGCAGCCACAUCCGAAGCCUCGAAUGAUCGAAGACUGUCGUGAAGACGAAGCCGUGCGCCGCAUGUUGAACGAGUACAGAGCCUCGCGAGGUUUGGAUUGGACUCAAUUCCUGGAGCUAAAUGGAGCUUUCUGCAGGUCGUGGAGUCUCGGCGACGCCCACAUCGACAGCCCAGUAUCCAAAUUCCGUUUCGGCGUUGAAACGGAGGGCUAACGCGAGGACAAGAUCUCCGACUGUGUUGGAGGAAGUGGUGGGAAACCUUUCCUAUUCAUUUGUAAAAUUUAAUUUUCGUUGAAAUCGUCAAUGUCUUCCAAGCAUAAGCAAAAUUAUAGAAGCGUUUUUCAGACCAACACGACGUCAGCGGACGUAUUCCCGGUGAUGGACGACUGCGAGCGAGAUUAUCUUCGAGAAGCUGUUGAACAGAACUCUUCCGUCGACUUCCCUUGCGACAUCGAUGACAGGUUUUCUGACAGUCGUUCCGCUGUAUUCAUUGGCCCCUUCUUCCAGUGACGUCUCCUCGCCUUCGGAGCUGAGGUUCGCCUGUAAACCGUCCUCCGCAAUGGCCUCUCCCAUCACAGACAGCGGCCUUCCCUGUAGUGACUGUGAUGACCGCAGGUAUCCAAUUGACAGAGGGUCCUGACCGAAUCAGUGUUCGCAGGCAUCAGACAUGCUCCAACAAGUCAGAAGAUGACGGGUUUUUUGACGCCAGUCUUCAGAAGCGCGACGACGAGAGUGGCUCAGAACCUCUGACCUCUGUUUCGAACAUCAGAUUGGAGGCUAUCGUUCCGGAAAUCACAUCCAUCGGUACCACCCGGAGAGAAUGAAGACACCAACAGACUCUUUUCAGAGCCGCGAGCGGCAGUCAGCGAGUUGGAACGAAAUGCCCGCGUUAUCCGCUGGAUACACGGCUGUCCGACCAACAAUCGGCCGGCGGCAGAGGCUCUAUGA